GAAUAUAUAAUCAUAAGUUAGACUUCCAAAAAGAAAGGAAAGGCAGUUCAGCAUGGGCAUUACUCAUUUUAGCGAUAGAUAUGGAUAACGCGGCAGCUACCCCCACUCACUACCACCAGCGACGCCUCCGAUACUCUUCUCUUUUAUCAAUUCGGAUAUGUCUUCUGAUAGUGCAAAGGAAAAUGCAUCAGUAGUUGAUUCAUCAGUCACUGAAUGGAGGAAUGACAUUGGAAAUUCAGAUGAUCCAGAGAGCUCAGGUUACAAGUUUAAAGAAAACAUUAAUCCAACUAGGGCAGAUAAAGGGGGACAUUCUCAUGGUCAGAUAGGGCAUCCAGCAGGAAUUGGAGUGGAAAAAUGUCACAAUACAAAAUACUUUGUCAUCAAGAGUUUGAACCAUCAAAACAUCCAUUUGUCGAUUGAGAAAGGAAUUUGGGCUACUCAAAUCAUGAAUGAACCGAUUCUACAAGAAGCUUAUCAUAAUUCAGGCAGUGUAAUCCUUAUAUUCAGUGUCAACAUGAGUGGUUCCUUCCAAGGGUAUGCACAAAUGAUGACCUCCAUUGGAAGGGGGAGAGACAAUGCUUGGAGUGAGGGAACUGGUAAAAGUAAUCCUUGGGGUCGCAGUUUUAAGGUCAAAUGGCUGUGUUUGAAUGAUUUGCCUUUCCACAAGACUCUACAUCUCAAGAAUCCAUUGAAUGAUUAUAAGCCUGUCAAAAUUAGCAGAGAUUGCCAGGAGUUAUCUCCAGACAUUGGUCUAGCUCUUUGCAAACUUCUUGACGGUAAGAAUGACACGGAUGGCCUGCUGACCAGUUUAUCAAGGGAUGAAUUUUCUUUGAAAGGGCAUUAUGUGAGUACUCCAAGUUCAAUGGGAGAUGAAGACUGUAACUUUCCUCCAUUGCAUAUGCUGUGGCCAAUGCCCCUGCCUUAUUCUUUCUUGUUUUUACCAAAAUCAACCAGAAGUAAAUAAAUUUCAUUCAACAAACCAAAGAAUCAGUGGGACAAUGUUCACUGAAAUAUUGCCAACUACUUCUGAGUCAUCACAAGUGUCAGGAAUUAAGCGUUCUAAGGAUGUGGCUUCUCAAUCUGAUUUUUGGGGUCUGUCUUCUGAAAGCCCUUUAGCUAGUACCCUAACUGAGGAUGAUUUUCUUGACAUGGAAUCUCUUCUCUGUUGUGGCCCUUCAAAUUCUUCCUCCCCUUGUUAUCCCGAAGAAGACAUGGAAGCCUCCUGCUGCACCUUUACUGGAUAUCGAAUUCCUAGAAAGAUUUAGUCCUAUGAGGAAUACCUGGAGGUUCAUAGCAGAUGCAGGAAACAGUUAUGCACCAGUGCAACUAAAUCAUCUUGCAAACAACUGGAAUUGUUGAGAAGUAAUUCACAUGAUGAUGAUAGGAAUAUGGAAGACGGGGGUUGAUAGAGACAGGAGCAACUCUCAUGGGAAGAUCCAUCAUUCAUCUUUGCCAUGGAUAUAACUGCUCCUCCAAUGAGUGAACAUGUUAACUUUUUGUCAGCUAAAUUUUGCACUUGUGUUGUGGUGUCAUCAUCUGCAAGGAGGCCCCUUUCCUGUUAUGUAUAGCAAAGAUGAAAUGGAAGUUAAUUGUAAUUGACUAAAAUCAGUACUUCAUAUUAAUGCGAUUCAAUUCCAGUUAAUUUGAGGUUUGUUUACCAAUUGUACAAAAUUUAGAUUUGGAUUAGAGUUAGAUUGACCAAAACAUACUUGUGUGUAUAUAUAAUAUGCCCCCUAUCCCUAUGCUAAACUAGCAUUUUUCCCCACUGGAAAAUUGAAGCAAAGAUGCUGAUAUUGGUUUAAUGAGAGUAAGAAUUUCUAUUGUCUUCAAUUUUA